AUUUUAAAAUUUAGUGGUACUAUGAAUGAGGUAUAAUUUGGUAAUUUCUUGGUUUUAGCGCCUUCAACAUUGCUUAGCGCAGUAGAGGAUGUCGUCAACAUCCCUAUGCGCUUUCCUAUGGCUUUGGUCAUUUAUUUUUUCGUUUAUUUUAGCUAUGCGUAUAGUGAAUGAUGAUACUGAGGUUUACAGUCGUCAAAUCAAGUCUAGAUGCCACUUUGAGGAGGGACGCAUGCUUGCUGCCCUUAAUGAUCGCAGGGAAUUCCACUCAUCUCCAUCACUAAAAUGGAAUGCCGAUUUGGCCACAUCAGCUCGCAAUAUGGCAUCUGAGCUGAGUCGGCGUAUAAACUGUCAACUACCGUUAUAUUACCGGGAGGAGCUCGGCACCAAUUAUUUAUCAGCCGAUUUGGAGCACUUUAGUGAGUCUCUUGCAGCCGAGUUUUGGUAUGAGGGUCACCUUGACUAUGACUUUGAGAAAGGCGGCCCUCUUAAUCGCAAUCCGAAUGUGUUAUCCUUUACUCAGAUGGUAUGGCGUUCUACUAGGGAAGUUGGAUGUGCCGUUGCCUGUUGUGACGGUCGUCAGGUUGUGCUAGUAUGUCGCUUCCAUCCUCCUGGUAACAUUCAAGGUCAAUUCAUUGGUAACGUUUUAGAGAAGUUCAAUCGGCUUAAGAAUCGCGAAUCCGGGAUUUCUACAGAGCUUUGACUAAAAACGGCGUUCUAAUGUUAUUUAACACACUAAUAGUA